AACAGAAAUCAUCGCAAAAAAUGUCAUCAUCUUUAAUCUACCGAAUCAACAGAUAAUCCUUUCAAAAACAAACAAAACAGAUUUCCUUCAGCUGACUCAUGCAUCUCUCCUGCUGUGAAACGUAAAAGAAAACGGCGAUUCUUAUCGACUUAGCUUCUUUUGUGGCCUGUGCAUGCGGACGAAAAUAGCUCAUUCCGAAUGUUAUACAGCCACACCAAGGACCGCGAAGAAACCAACAUUCAGUGUUGAUCGGUUGAAAACAACGUAAACUAUGUCGAGUGAAGCCGAGUGCCGUGGGAUUCUAUCCCGGGCACUGGAUGCAGAUGAAGCUGGCCAAAAGGAGCUGGCUAUCGAACUGUACGGGAAAGCAGUGGAAGCUAUUCUGCGUAUUGACGAUCGCGAGAAACGAGAAAAGUUGAACAGGUUUGCCAUGCAGGCCCUGGAACGUGCCGAAGAAUUGAAAGGAAUCAAAUAUGUUCCGGCGGAGCCGACAACAACGCGACCAGUCCGAAGCAGCACCAGUGUCUUAAGUCCUGGACAAAGCCCCAAACUAGAGGUUAGUGGAUCCCAUAAUACCUACACAAAUGAGGAGAAAAAAGUCCUCGAAUAUACUUCGCACAUCAACUCGAAGGUGUAUGUUCCGUUCAUGGAUAUAGAUCUGAUGGAAAAGUUCGUCUUUUCUAUUCCGUUUACCGAUAAGGAUGGAGUCCUGGAGCUGGCACCGAAGCAGAAGCGCGACUUUGUCCAAUGGGUGAGGGUGAGUGAACUGUGCGAACAACCAAAGCUGAUUGCUGGGGAUCAUGCCGAUUUUUACAGCAUUCGGCAGACGGUGGUUUCAGACUGCAGUUUCGUAGCAUCGCUGGCAGUUGCUUCGCUGUACGAGAAACGAUUCAAUCGAAGAAUUUUAACGUCGAUCAUCUACCCGAGAAACAGCCGCGAUGAACCGAUCUACAACUCGAGCGGAAAGUAUUCGAUUCGUAUGCACGUGAACGGGAUCCCCCGGAAGGUGGUGAUUGAUGACUAUCUGCCACUGGGCAGGCAUCAUCAGCUGCUGUGUUCCUACUCGAGUAAUAAAAGUGAAUUUUGGGUGUCUCUGCUAGAGAAAGCGUACAUGAAGCUGAUGGGAGGAUAUGAUUUUCCCGGGUCUAACAGUAACAUUGACUUGCACGCUUUGACCGGCUGGAUUCCGGAGCGUGUAGCAAUCCGUCCGAAUGAUUCUGAUUUCGAUGCUGAUGGUGUUUUCAAUCGACUCAAGGAAGGUUUGAGUGUUGGGCGAUGUUUGGUCACGGUAGCGACUGGUGAUCUGUCGGAUGCCGAAGCUGAACGCACUGGGUUAGUUUCGACUCAUGCUUAUGCAGUACUUAACAUGCGUGAGGUGGAUGGGGUAAAGCUGUUGCAGUUAAAGAAUCCUUGGUCGCAUCUCCGCUGGCGUGGAAACUAUUCAGAGCUAGAUGUAACGCACUGGACACCGGAAUUGCAGCAGCUAUUGGACUAUGAUCCUAAGAUGGCAGCCAACUACGACAAUGGAGUUUUCUGGAUCGACUACAACUCGAUACUGAACUUUUUCGAAGUGUUCUAUCUGAACUGGGAUCCAGCUCUGUUUCAGUUUACCUACUGCAUUCAUCAGUCGUGGUCAGCGGGUGUUGGACCUUCGAAAGAUGCCUACAACGUUGGGGAUAAUCCUCAGUUCAGUUUGACUGUUCCGGCUGGUAAAGGUUCCGUUUGGAUCCUGCUAACGAGACACAUCACGACGAUCGAAGACUUUCGCGAAAACCGAGAAUAUAUCACAGUCCUAGUGUAUAAAAAUAAUGGUAAACGAGUCUACUAUCCCUCGGAUCCACCACCUUUUAUCGACGGGGUCCGAAUCAACAGUCCACACUAUCUGUGCAAAAUUCGCUUGAACCCGAGUUCCGUUCGGCGUUACACACUUGUGAUAUCGCAAUAUGAAAAGACAGCGACCAUUUAUUACUCACUGCGAGCUUAUUGUCGCGAUAAGUUUGAACUAAAGAAGAUCGACAGUCACUUCACGACCGUAGAAAAUCUCAACGGCGAGUGGAAAGGUCGAACGGCGGGUGGAUGUCCAAAUCAUCCGCUGACUUACAAGCACAAUCCGCUUUACCGGUUGAACGUGGGUUCAAAAGACCCCAGCCAGCUGGUGGUGGAACUACGUGGCCCAAAAGUCUACCAGGUUGGGCUGGAACUUACGGUCGUCUCACUGGAGAACCCGGAAGUGACGGCCCCGUUCAUAUCACAGACGACCGGCAACUAUCGGUCCGGUUUCUGCGUGCUGGAUUUGGAAGGUAUCCCAGCCGGAGUGUAUCAGCUGCGUCCGUCCACGUUUCUGCCCGAACAGGAAUCACCCUUUUUUCUCAAGUUCAAAUCAACAACGAAUUUGAUCGUCGAGAAGUUAAACUGAAUCGAUGCAUCGAUGGGUUUCCCUUAAUCGCAUUUUAAGAUAAAAGUUAAGUUGCAAUAUCACUAACACUGUUGCGAUGUUUAAGUUGUACGUAUAUUUAUUAUGCAAAUAAAAAACUGCAUUACUAUUUUA